AUGUUCGUAAAGAUAGUCGUCGUUUUUGUUCUCGUGACUAUCGCUGUAGUUGCUCCAUCACAACCUGCGUACGGCUAUGCCCUUGAGUCCGCAUACGAGGAACUUGCCAAGCACGACUUUAACUAUGCGGUAAGGGACGACUACUCUGGCAACGACUUCGGCCACCAGGAAGCUCGCAACGACUACAACACUCAGGGUUCCUACUAUGUCCUCCUUCCUGACGGUCGUCUACAGAAGGUCACCUACACUGUCAACGGCGACUCUGGCUACGUAGUUGAGGUCAGCUAUGAGGGUGAGCCCCAGUAUCCUGAGUACAAGCCUGCCCCUGUCUACGAACCUGUGCCUGCCUACAAGCCUGUCCCUGUCUACGAAAGUGCACCUGCCUACAAGCCUGGUCCUGCAUACGAAACUGCUCCUGCCUACGAGCCUGCCCCUGUUCACGAGCCUGCACCUGCCUACAAAUCUGCAACUGCCUACGAACCUGUCCCUGUCUACACGCCUUCUCCUGCCUACGAACCCGCUCCUUCCUACAAGCCAAACCCGGCCUACGUUUAAUUUUUAUUGUACGUCAGCUACUACCUAUAUUUAUUAAUAAAUGUAGUGCAGUAUCUCUUCCAUUUCCCCCAGAACCUCUUCAACAUCUUCUAAGAUCAGUGCCAACAAGAAAGAAUGACGUUUUUGCUCUUCCCUCGCAUUCUAUCUCUGUGUCUCUCUGUCUAUUUCACUUUCACUUUCGAUAUCUUUCUGAAUCUAUAGGUCUCUAAUAGGCAGCAUUAUAAUUUAGCUUAUGCUCCGACUGUCCUUCUUAUUAAACCAGUUUGUUGUAUACCACUUAUAUCUUCAUCAUUAUUGUACAGUAUGUAAAGUGUACUGAUAUAUAUUUA